AUGAGCUGUGCUUAUACCGCCAUUCACGAUUGUUUCUAUGGCGUCCUCCGCAGAAAAGACAUCAAACAGCGGGCCGCUCGAGACUCGGUAUCAAGACCGACAACCUACUCUGGAGACAUCGAUGUCACGCUUGCAGAGUGGCAGGAGGAUCUGGAAGCAUAUCUACCCGAUCUCAGAGACAAUACGACGAAAGACAAGUUGCAUCUCUGCAUUGCGACAGUGGCUUGGAUCCUCGUGGUUGCUGUGAACAGAGAGCUGGUUUUCGGGUCCCCAUACACUGAACAAAUCGAGGCUGCUACAAUCUGUUGGGAGAAAAUGCCUGGUGAGUGCACGCGGCAGAAUGCUAGCAGGGCAGGCAAAGAACCAAACCAUGCUGUAGAGCCUCAGAAUUCCGAAACACGAAGAAAAGUCACACAGUGGCUCUCGCUCACCAGAGAGAUUCUCACCGACAAGGAUCGAGAAUCCAUGGACAGUGCAAGAGGAUACAUACUGGAAGACGUCUUGGAUAGGGCCCAGGAAUUCCUGGAAGCGUUGACCGAUUUCAUAAUCAGUGAUGAAAUACGCGAGGAGCUCUCGGAAGCUCUAGCACCAUUCCUGGGGACCAUGUGCAUGCUCCCAUAUCAGAGAUGGCAGUACAGUUUCGAGAUGGUUUGUGCAGUUAAUGAAGAAUUUUAUACUUCCUUCGACCCCAUGGAGAUGGAAGGUAUGUACACCGAGAAGACAGGAUGGAUCAAAGCAUCUCUGUUUCCACAACUUUGCCGACUAGAGGGAUCUGGCCGAGAUGAGGAUUUCACGCGUACUGUCAUCUGCAAAGCCAGAGUCGCAGUCCAAGCUGGCCUACGAGGCACAGCAGAUGGCUCCAGAAAAGACACAAAGAUGUCGGAGGACAUUCAUGAAGGAGCCAAGACUGACAUGGAGAAAUCUGGAGAAGAAGUCACAGGUAAGAGCUUGAGUAUCAUCGAACCAGACAAGAGCUUGGAGAUCGUGGAACCACAAAAGAGCCAGAGUCAAGACCAGGACGACGUAAUGGCAAAGGACGUUGGUGAGCCCAUGGACGAGGAUUCACUGAUAGAUGCGCUCAGAGCAGGAAAUGUGAUCUACAUUGAUGGCUCCAUGACACCCGAGGGAGGAGCCUCGGAGAGUGUCAUCCCAGAUUCUUAUGAUCGAGCCGAGGAAGAGACAUUGGAGAGCACAGAAGUCGAUGAUCGAUUUUAUCUCAAACAACACUCUCGCGAACCUACCACGAAGCAACUGCAGAGCGAUCAACCCAACUUCUCCAUCGAGCAGCCGCAUCGCUUCACGACAGCAUGUGUAUCAUCACCAGCAAAGAAGAACGAGUCGGUCGUUCGUGGGACGAGCCAGCGAGACAUGUAUCCAACUACCAUGCAGGACCAGCUCGACGAACAUCUCCACUUCCAAGAAACCGACGACCAUAUUCGUACAGCGGAUAUGGCAACGAGAAUCGUUCCAGCGACACCUCAGUACGCUACGUCUAUCGCUCGAGUCAACCAUCAGUCAGCCACCCUCGCCGUGAUAUUAGAGUGGUCGAGAGAUGAUGUCCACCACUGGCUACCACACAAAUCACGAACAAUGUCCGAGACGCCG